UUGUUUUGUUAGCCUCGCUCGUUUGACAACAGAUAUUGCAGAAUCUCAGCCCGUUUUUGUGGAGCUUAUUACUUGGCGCAGCCUGUGUAACAAAGAACAAUAAAUGUAUUUAAUGCCGUGAAUCCGUCGUGUUGCAGUUAACAGCUGCAGCAUGGCGCUGCUGGCUUUGUGAAACUCUUCUGAUGGAGGAGGAAACGACCAUUAUCGUGACAUAAUCGACUCUUUUACAUCUGAAGGGCCGUCAUGCCGAAAGAGCAGCUUUGUUUCAGGGAAAACGGUCCCUGUGCACCAUCAAGCAAGAAUGCGAAAGAUAAGAGCAACAGCAAUACCUUGCUGGCAAUACGUGACCCGAAGCAUGCAGUUGAUUCUAACAGAAGAGGCUCCAGCUGCAGCUCAGAAAAAGACUCUGGGUAUUCUGAUGGUUCUGACUGGCAGCAGACAGAUAUUGAGGAACAAAGGAGCACCAAAAACCAACUGAGAUUGGCAGAACAUGCAGAGGCUCCACAAACUGGUCAAUCUAAAGUACAUGGUGGCAGAAAUACUGGAAAUUCUGCUGUAAAGUCAACCAAACUGGUUCACCCACCCAUCUACAUCAUCAAGCCAGCCACAACCCUGAAAAGACGUCAGCUGCAUGUAAAAAGCAGCAUGAGGACAAGCAACCAUGUUGCUUCUCCACAAAUGGUCAGCCUGGAUCAGCCAAGCUUUGUGCCAAAAUCGAUUCAGCUUAUCAAGCCUUUCAAGUCCCAAAAUUCAAGAGUCACGAGAAAUAAAAUAAACAACACCUACCUUCCUAUUCUUAAGUCUUACCCUCGCAUCGCACCACAUCCUAUCAAGAAACCACCUGACAAGUCUUUAUCAAACCAGGAAUCCCUAUAUUUGAGCAAGAGGAUGUGCACUGAACGCAAGACUGAAGACAAUUCAGUUACUAUAGGUCCGUCGGAAGAACAUCAUCAUAACCAACAGACAGUUUCAAACUCUGUCCUGUUGAGUACCUUGUCAAGCAGAAACAGUUUGUCCUCUUCCACCUUCACUGUUUCUUCCACAAACCCAGGAUCUCCAGCCUCCUCUUGUAUGCACACUGCGUCUUUUGAUCACUCAGAUGGAGGUCGUCAAAGAAAAAUCACUAGUCCUCACCAUCGGCGAUUCCUCAACACGGUAGAACUUCUCAGACAGUCGGGUCUGUUGGACAUUACCCUGCGUACAAAGGAGCUGCUUCGCCAGAGCAACAGCACUGACCAGGAGAUUUCCCAGCUGCGUCAACACACAGACUUACUCUGCCAGGCUAUGAGCAACCCACACUACAGCCUUAACUGUGUCACAGCCUGGGAAAAUGUGUGUCAGGCCAUGACAGAGUCUGGUAGCUAUCCCAACCUCAACAUGACACACAAAUCUCAGAAGCCGUUACAUCCAGAUCCAAUCAGUCAACCACAAAGUAUUUCUUUAGGUAACAUAAAAAUACUACAAGCUGCUGAAGGCUCAUGCCUUUCUAACACCAGCUCAGACCAAUCUCAGGUAAACCAAGAUGAGAAAGUUGAGGUCAGAGAAAGAUCUCGAGGCAUUGUGACCAUAAUGUCUCCUGACAGUUCCACUGGUUAGGAUAAUCUACAGUGCCUUCAAAAAUUGAGAUAACUAGUCUGGCUGCUGUGCCUUACCUAAAUACUCACCUUCACUGGCAUUUUCUUCUUGCUUAAAACCUAAAAUCAAAAUGAUUUUUUGAGGAGUAUGGAUAAUUCGACAGGCUAGAAAUACUUAUUGUGAAAUAUGUCUAGAUCAGAAAUCUUAAAUAAGUUUUUUUUUUUUUAACUAUUUUUUUCUAAGGUAAAAAGCAUUGAAUCUCCUCAAAAGUAUAUAUCUUCUUGGGUGCUGUAAUUAAAGCACAUCUACUGCAGUAAAUCUUUAGAAUUGGAUAAGCUUAAUUGAUGGUGGAAAAGGAAAAAAGGUGACUGAAAUCCUGGAGAAGUGUUGCUCCUGACCACUGAAUGAAUCACAAUGUGCUUUUAGACCUGUGCACAGUAUUUCCUGGCUCAUUACCUGAACUCAUUAUAAUAUAGUGACUGUGAAGCAUUGCUUUUAAAAUCCAACUUAUUGAGUUUACUUGACUUUUGGAAACUGAUUCAAAAAUAAUCCUUUCAAACUCCAAUUUAAAACUCAUGAAAUUCAACUCACGAAAAAGAGGAAUAAAGUAAAUAUAUUCAGAACAAAUGGGACAACAGUCCCAUUUGGGUGCCUGUUUAGAAAAAAAAAAGCAGUGCCAAAAUUAGGUGAUUCUGGAAACCUGCUUGGAUUUCUGUGGUAUUUUAAAAAAUGCUUUGAUUUCUUUACUGUGUCAAUUUCAAGCCACAGAUAUACUGUCAGUAUAUAAGCAGAACCGUCCAUCACUAAAAUAUAAACUAAGCAAUUUAAUAUCAACCUUUAUAAGCAACAUUAGCCCAUGUUAGUUUUUAAAAUGAAUCACAGCUUCAUCUAAUGUUGGUGUCAGUUUGUUACAGAUGAAGACGGUGGGCAGUCUGUUAAACAGCUUCAGCUGGAUGUUAAAACUACUUCACUGUUUGUUUCUUUGCUCCAAGAUACCAAGUGUCUUGUCACUCAGUGGCUUAAGUAGUCUAUAGCAAAGCGCCUUGUCAGGUAUUUGUGUGUGUGUGUUGAUAGUCUGAGCUUGGUUUGCUGUGUGUCAUUGUGUAUUGUAGGCUUUUAUAAUAACUCUACAAAUGUGCUUCAAAUAAUGUGUGAUUAUUUUGAUUAACCUCUUUUUCAGAAUGAAUGAGCAGCAUUUCAAAAUCAUUUGAUGAACCAAACUCUUAUGUAGCAGCUGUCAUCUCUGUUGAUUGUUUUUUGUGAUUUUUUCAUAGUUUUUUCUUUUGGUUUUUGGACUUUUACUUCAUUAAUUUAAAACACUUUUCAGUGUAAGUUUGAAAGUUUGACUGUUUAUUGGGGGUUAGUGUUGCAAGGAUAACGUAACCGGCUAGAAACAAUGAAUGGAUGACCAUUAAAACUCUCAUUCUCCUUCUUCCAUCGAGUACUAAAGAGUAUUGGAAUUAGGUUAGAGUUGAGACUAAAUAAAUAAAAACCCAUAAAAUGCAAAAAAUAUUGUUUGGAUGUAACAUGAAUUAUAUUUAUGCUAUUUCUCUAUUGUCCCCUUUUGUUGAAUGAUAGUAUUAAUGCUAAUAAUAAGUGCAUCAGAAACUGAUACAAAAAGUUUUUACCUAAAUAAUGGUCAGUAAUCAUCUGGGAGUAAAAGUGUUAUUUGAGGAUACAACAGGCAGGCCUGAUGGUCAAAGUUUUAACAUUUCAAGUGGUUUUUGGAGAAUUUUUCAGAAUUGUAAGCUAUUUAAAUAAAGGAGUUUGUGAAAAGUU